CUAGGUCUGGCUGCCAGCUUCACGCUCAUUUCGUACUGGAAUAAUAAACACUUCCAGCUAAUCAACGCUGCAUUUCUUUCCCUUUCCUGCGUCCUUAUCCCUCUAGGACGCCUUCUGCGCGCACGCAGCCUCUUUAUUUAAUAGCCAGACCUCGUAUGAUGGGGAUACAAUAGUGAUGGGUGAACGCAGUCGUCAGUCAGUCUCUCUGUAAACUGCGUACGAUUCAAUUUUGCGUAUGACGCAAUUAAUAAGAUAAUAACUUUUCAUGAAAAGUGAAAAUUGUGUAAAAAAAAAUCAUUGCAAAAUGAAUUUGGAGAAUGAAAUCGACAGGAGCAUUAACUACAUAUUCAAAGAAAAUAAUGUUGAGGCUUUAGGAGAAGAAUCAGACGACGAAGAGGACCAUGUUCUGUCGGAAAGCGAAGUUGAGAGUGAUGAAUUUAACCGUGACAAUUACAAAUGCAGUUCGUACGAAAUUGUUAGUACCGAGAAUAAAGUAGAGCAACAACCAUCUACCAGCGCAGAUCAUCCGAAACAGUAUGUUGCGAAAAACAACAAAAAGUUGCGUACGGAGGCUCAUGAAUCGACAGUCACCACACGUUUGCCUGAAUGUGAACAAAUAGUGAAAGAAACAAAAACGCCAUUAGAGGUCUGGAGUUUGUUGUUUCCAGAUAAAUUGUUGGAGAUUAUAGUAACACAUACUAAUGAGGAAAUAAAACAGAGAUGUGGGUUUUAUCUGGGACAGACAGAUUUGUCAGAAAUAAAAGCAUUUAUCGGUCUUUUAUAUUUUGCUGGACUACAAGGAGAUACACAUAAAGAUACGACAAAAAUGUGGGAAGAAGAAGAUUGUACCAUGUACAGAACUGUCAUGACUCGUGAUCGUUUCAUUUUUCUGGGUUCGUGUAUACGCUUCGACGACAAAACUACAAGGAAAGACAGACAAACUGCCGACGGAUUGACGGCCAUCAGAAAAAUUUGGGACCUGUUCAUCGAAAAUUGUACCAAAUAUUAUACUCCUUCGGAGAAUUGUACUGUGGGUGAACAGCUUCUUGAAUUUGAAGGAAAGUUUUUUGCGAAGGUUUACAACGGUAAACUUGAUGCACAUGCAAUAAAAAUUUUCUGUUUAAAUGAUUCCAAAACUUUUUAUAUGUUAAACGCGAUUCCAUAUACGGGCAAUGUUGAAACCAAAAUGACAUCUGUACAUGCGGAUUAUGUGUGUCGACUUUCAACCCCGAUUUAUAAAACUAACAGAAAUAUUAUCUGUAAUAAAAAAUGGCUCUCUUAUAUUGAUGUUUAUGUAAUGAAAGAGGCAUGUUCUCUGAGAAUGAUUAGUCUAAAUCAUGUUUUCUCUCAAAAAUCUGCUAUGGUUGAUAAUAUACAAUGUGUUGUUUAUACUAAGGAUUUAGUUGUAUUAAAUUAUACGCCAGAAAAAAACAAAAGUGUAUGCCUUAUAUCGAGUUUGCAUAAAAAUAAUAAAACAGAUAGAGAUACUAAAAAAAUAAUUUCCCAUUAUAAUAGUACAAAAGACGGAACCUCCAAUUUUAACGUUUUGUGCGAAAAAUAUUCGACAUCUAGAAAAACGAUGCGAUGGACUAUGAGGCUUUUCUUUGGCAUGCUCGAUCAAGGAGUCGUUAACAGCAAUAUUUUAUACAAUCUGGAAAAUAAAAAUUUGAUGAAUAAAUAUAAUUUUACAAAAAGACUCGUAUUGUUGUUAACAGCUCCUCAUAUGCAAAACAAUUUGCAAAAAAGACUUAAAAUAACAUUGAACAUUGAUUUAAACUCUAAUUCAAUGAUCCAAAGCAUUUUUAAAAUAAAUUCGCAAUCAAAACUAUUUGAAAAUUUCAGAGAAAAAGGAUAUUGUACGAUGUGCAACACAUUAACUAUGUUACAUUGUAUUCUUUGUAAACGUCCAUCUUGUAUGAAUCACAAUAUCAAGAAAAUCGAUUGCGACUCGCGCCAAAAAUAUUACUUUUGUAUUUUAUGUGGUAAAGAGUGAAAUGUAAAAUUCUUUGUUUUUACGUUCUUCACAUUUUAUAAACUUUAUGCAUUAAA